GACACAUACACACAAACUGAGCUACAGCUGAGUGAGACUGCAGAGAGACAGACAGAUAUACAGCUCACCCACAUAAAGACAAGAGUUGGAGUCAUUGUCAUGUUGGUGGUGUUACUGAUCCUGCAUGCCGUCUCGUGUGCCCAUUCUCACGGGCCACCGGGUGCCGCUGUGCCUGGUAAGCAGUGCCCGUCUGCGUGCCAGUGUGAGGAGGAUGGCAUCCUACUUCUCGUGGACUGCUCUGAAAAAGGACUAUCCAGUGUGCCAACUGACCUAAGUCCUUUGACAUCUUACCUGGAUCUCAGUAUGAACAACAUCAGUGAGAUUCAGCCCAACGCUUUCCACAACCUGCACUUCCUCAGUGAACUGAGACUUUCGGGCAACCACCUGAGACACAUCCCUGGCCCCGUGCUCCAAGGCCUCUACAACCUCAAAGUUCUGAUGUUGCAGAAUAACCAGUUGGAGAGAUUGCCCAGUGAAGACCAAUGGGAAUUACCCAAUUUACUCUCUCUGCGUCUGGAUGCCAACCUGAUUAUGGAGGUGCCAGCAAGGACCCUCUCGGGUAUGCGGUCCCUGCGACACUUGUGGCUUGAUGACAAUGCCCUGACAGAGAUCCCAGUAAGUGCCCUCAACGACCUCUCCUCGCUCCAGGCUAUGACCCUUGCCCUAAACCGCAUCACCCACAUCCCAGACUAUGCCUUCAGGAACCUUUCCAACUUGGUUGUGCUGCAUCUUCAUAACAACAUGAUCCGGACCCUCGGACAGAACUGCUUUGAGGGACUGCACAGCCUCGAGACUCUGGAAUUGAACUUCAAUGACCUUCAGGAGUUCCCCGUGGCCAUUCGCACACUCGCCAAACUUCAGGAACUGUAAGUAACUGAGACUAACUUACCCAGCAUACAUAUGUCAGUUCAUUUCUACGAGAAUCCCAUUCAGUUUGUUGGCAGAUCAGCAUUUCAGUUCUUGCCAAAGUUACACACGCUCUCUUUGAACGGGGCCACUGAGAUCCGAGAGUUUCCAGAUUUGAAAGGAACCACCAGCCUGCAAGUUCUUACGCUGACCCGAGCUGGACUGACCGGCCUGCCAUUUGAUCUCUGCCACCUGCUGCCUAAAUUAAGAGUGCUGGAGCUGUCGCACAAUGCCAUCGAAGAGCUGCCGAGUUUCUACCACUGUGCCUCUCUUCAAGAGAUUGGCCUGCAGCAUAAUCUGAUCAAACAGAUUGAGAUGAACACAUUCCAACAGCUCAGCUCUCUGCGCUCACUGGAUCUAAGCUGGAACAGGAUCAACACCAUCCACCCUGAUGCAUUUUCCUCUCUUCAGUCACUCAUUAAACUAGAUCUCACUGGGAACCGAUUGAGCAGUCUCCCGCUCACUGGGCUAACAAGCCUUACUCAUCUUAAACUGAAAGGAAAUAUGGCACUCUCGCGUUCCUUCAGAGAAGAGGACUUCCCCAACAUAAGGGUCAUUGAGAUGCCAUAUGCCUAUCAGUGCUGUGUUUUUGGAGCCUGCAAAGGCAAAGGUUACAAAGCAGCCAGCCAGUGGGAAGAACAGAUGGGCAGUGAAGAGGAAGAUGUCCAGAAGAAAGCUCUGUCCCUGUUCCCCAUUCACACCGACACCAACUAUGACCUUGACUUAGAGGAAUUCCAGUUAGCUAUUGAAGAGUCCAAACUGCAAACCAGCAUACAGUGUACCCCCAUCCCAGGUCCAUUUAAACCAUGUGAUAACCUGUUUGACAGUUGGGUGGUACGGCUUGGCAUGUGGCUCAUCUCUUUGGUCUCGCUGAUGGGAAACAGCCUUCUCCUCAUGACAGUCUUUGCAUCCCCCAGCUAUCUCUCCCCUGUUAAGUUCAUCAUCGGCACCAUCAGUGGCACCAACCUGCUUACAGGCCUGUGUACUGGCACCAUGGCAUUGGUUGAUGCCCGGACAUUUGGAGAGUUCGCCCUGCAUGGCGCUCAAUGGGAAAUGGGUACAGGCUGCCAAGCAACAGGUUUUCUUUCAGUUCUAGCCUCGGAGGGCUCCAUACUCUUCCUGACCUUGGCUGCAGUGCAGUGCAGCGUAUCCGUGUCGUGCGCUCGAGCCUACAGUAAGUCGCCCUCUCUGGGAAGCGUGCGAGCCGCAGCAGUGGCAUGCUUGGCACUUUCGUUGGCAGUCGCCACUUUGCCACUUAUUGGAGUCGGGGAGUACGGGGUAACUCCGCUUUGCAUGCCAUCACCACUGCCAGAUGGCGAACCUUCCACAUUGGGAUUCAUGGUCGCUCUGAUAAUGAUGAACUCCCUGUGUUUCCUGGUGAUCACCGGAACUUACAUUAAACUGUACUGGGAACUGAUGAAGGGAGACUUUGACAGCAUUUGGGAUUGCGCCAUGAUCAAGCACGUGGCCUGGCUUAUCUUUACCAACUGCCUGCUCUACUGCCCCGUGGCCUUCCUCACCUUCUCCUCCCUUCUGGGACUCUUUCCUGUGAGCGAGGAGGUUGUCAAAUCAGUCGUCCUGGUGCUUCUGCCUCUUCCUGCAAGCAUCAACCCCUUGCUCUACCUCCUCUUUAAUCCGCACUUCCGUGAAGAUGCACGUCUGCUUUUGAGCAGAGCUCACCUCCAUCAUGACCGCAACCUGGAUUCCUUCAUCUCUGUUGACACAGAGAAAAGCUCCUAUGACUCCACUCAAGCCUUGGUGUCCUUUGCCGCUGAAGCAGAUGCAGCGUAUGAGAGUUCAUCGGCACCAAACUCGGAGACAGUUGUCCGGUUUUCUUGCCCACCCUCAGUGCCUCUCAUCCCAUGCCAGAUGCAGAUGAAACCCUCAACAGAAAGGGAUAACGUUGCAGAUAAUCUGGUCAGGUCAACACCAGGACUCACUGUCAAAGAUCAGGAGCACCUUAGGAGCAGUGGACUGGACACUCAUAAUGGAACCUCCUUCUCUGGAGUAUACCACUCCCCACAUCCCGCAUUUUAAGUCUUCUCUUAAACUCUAAAGUUUUUAAGGACCCUUUGAGCACAAGAAGUCAUGAGCCCACAUAUGAACUGACCGCUAAAAUCUUCAGAGCUAAUGAACAAUGAAUUUGGGAAUACAGUCCCAACUGCUACAUGGCAUUCUUAAAGAAAAGCCUAAUCACAUUUUUGUGACACAAUCGUGUGGGCCCUUAAGUAAUUUAAGCAACAAUCAUGUUCAAAAACAAAUCUGCAUUUAUUUUUUGCAACUUGUUUGUGUAAUUAGGUUUAAAUUAAUGUUUUGGGUUUAAUAUCAUCUCCAUCCAUGGAAUAUUGAUGAUUUUCACAUAAAACUUUUUUUUUUUUUUACUCAACCCUCCAUUUAAACAAAAAACUAAAAGUCAUGCAUUAUGUACAUACAAUGGACGCCUAUGGGGCAAAGUACUGCACCGGCAUUACAAUUCAAAUUCACACUGCAUCUACAAAACAGUGUCAAACAAAGACAAAUCCAAUGACAGACAUUCUGUUGGUAAUGCAUAACCAGAAACGAAUCCACCAAAAGUGGUCUCACAUCUCAUGAGCAUUGCAUUUCAUUGUUUUGAAUAUGGGACAUUCCUUUAAUUAGGAAAUAUCACAGGAGUUGUGCAUCUAAAUAUUUCAAUGUGAAAAAUGUCUCUACAACAAGCUAAAUUCUUAUGUACUCAAACUUUUAUGCACUCAUUUCCAAGUGUGUAUAUAUCAAAGUCAAUGAAUUAUUUGUUUCGUUAAUUAUUUGCAAGUCAUCACUAGCUUACUUGCCCCUAGUGAAUAAACAAAAAAGUAUGGGAAGGUAAAUACCGAUGUAUAUUGUCAAAUAAUAUUUAGUGUAUUGAAAAACGAAAA